GGCGGCCAUUUUCUCGCAGAGCGGCGUAGUCGCUGAGUCCCUUUGGCAGCCGAAGAGGACGGGGCCGGAGGGGCUGCGAAGGGGAGGCCGGCCGGGGCGCCUCCGAGGCCGGGAGCCGGCAGGAUGUUCUCCUUCUCUACCACGGUCCAGCCUCAGGUCACAGUUCCUCUGAGUCAUCUUAUCAAUGCCUUUCAUUCACCCAAAAGCCUGGCUCCAUCUUUCACUGCAACAACUAGCCAGUGUGUGCAAAAGGAAGCAGCACCUGAAUCUGAUGUACAAAAUAGCGAGCCAGUACUUAAUCUACGAGACCUAGGACUGUCUGACUUGAAAGCUAGCCAGCUUGAUGAACUAGUGGACAGGCUACUUCCUGGCUAUUGUGUAGAAAGCAAAAUCUCUUCACAUUGGCAAACAUCGUAUAUAUCUGCACAGUCCUUCUUUGAAAAUAAGUAUGGUUUUUCAGACGUAUUUAGCUUCUUACGCUCAUCUUAUCCAUACAGACAGCAUCCUAGCCCCCUCCAGAGUAUAUGUUCAGAUCUUCACCGUUGGCCAGUUUUCAUUCAGUCUCGGGGUUUUAAGACUCUGAAAUCAAGAGCAAGACGGCUGCAGUCAACAUCGGAACGAGUAGCAGAAACAGAAACCGUAGCUCCCUCAUUUGUAAAGGGACUUCUACUGAGAGAUAGAGGAUCUGAAGUUGAAAGUUUAGAGAAAUUGAUGAAAACAAAAAACAUACCUGAAGCUCAUCAUGAUGCCUUUAAAACUGGGUUUGCAGAGGGGUUUUUGAAAGCACAGUCACUCACACAACGUACAAAUGAUUCCUUAAGACGAACCCGUCUAUUUCUGCUUGUACUGCUGCUGCUUGGUAUUUAUGGUUUGUCAAAAACCCCAUUUUUAUCUGUACGUUUUCGAACAACAUCUGGGCUUGAUGCAGCAGUAGACCCUAUUCACAUGAAAAAUGUCACUUUUGAACAUGUCAAAGGGGUUGAAGAAGCUAAGCAAGAGCUACAGGAAGUGGUAGAAUUCUUGAAAAAUCCACAGAAAUUUACUGUACUAGGAGGUAAACUUCCUAAAGGUAUUCUGUUGGUGGGACCUCCUGGUACUGGCAAAACCCUUCUUGCCAGAGCUGUGGCAGGAGAAGCUGAUGUUCCAUUUUACUAUGCUUCUGGGUCUGAAUUUGAUGAAAUGUUUGUUGGUGUGGGAGCGAGUCGUAUCAGAAAUCUGUUCAGAGAAGCCAAAGCAAAUGCACCUUGUGUCAUAUUCAUUGAUGAACUAGAUUCUGUUGGUGGCAAAAGAAUUGAGUCUCCAAUGCAUCCCUACUCCAGACAGACUAUAAAUCAACUCCUUGCUGAAAUGGAUGGCUUUAAACCUAAUGAAGGAGUCAUCAUCAUUGGUGCAACAAACUUCCCUGAAGCAUUAGAUAAUGCUUUAAUACGUCCUGGCCGUUUUGACAUGCAAGUUACGGUUCCUAGACCAGAUGUUAGGGGCCGAACAGAAAUUCUGAAAUGGUACCUCAAUAAAAUAAAGUAUGAUGAGUCUAUUGAUCCAGAAAUCAUUGCAAGAGGUACAGUAGGGUUUUCUGGAGCUGAACUGGAAAAUCUUGUGAACCAAGCUGCAUUAAAAGCUGCAGUGGAUGGGAAAGAUAUGGUUACCAUGAAGGAGCUAGAAUUUUCAAAAGACAAAAUUCUCAUGGGCCCUGAGCGUAGAAGUGUAGAAAUUGAUGAUAAAAAUAAAACCAUUACAGCUUACCAUGAAUCGGGACAUGCCAUUAUUGCAUAUUAUACAAAAGAUGCAAUGCCAAUUAACAAAGCAACAAUUAUGCCACGAGGACCAACACUUGGACAUGUGUCUUUGUUGCCAGAAAAUGAUAGAUGGAGUGAAACUAGAUCUCAGCUGCUUGCACAGAUGGAUGUUAGUAUGGGAGGAAGAGUAGCAGAAGAGCUCAUAUUUGGAGGUGAUCACAUCACAACAGGUGCGUCUAGCGAUUUUGACAAUGCUACUAAAAUAGCAAAACUCAUGGUCACAAAAUUUGGAAUGAGUGAGAAGCUUGGAGUCAUGACCUACGCAGAUACUGGUAAACUAAGUCCUGAAACCCAGUCUGCAAUUGAACAAGAAAUAAGGACACUUUUAAAGGACUCAUAUGAACGGGCAAAGCAUAUACUGAAGACCCAUGCAAAAGAACACAAGAAUUUAGCAGAGGCGUUGCUGACCUAUGAGACUCUGGAUGCCAAAGAAAUUCAGAUCGUUUUGGAGGGAAAGAAACUAGAAGUGAGAUGAUAAUUUACUUGUCAAGCAUUCUGUUGACUUCCAAGAAUGCCCUAGUCUCCUUAUGAAGUGUAGCUUUCUCUUCUUCCUGAUGCGUGUGUGAUAAUAAUCACAUUUCCUAAGGGGAAAAAAAACAAUUUGUCUUGUGAGCUUUUGUUACAUUUUAUGAAUUUUUGUCUUCUUAGAAAGAAACACGAGGAGCAAAUGAAGUUACCACAGAAAUAGAUGUACAAUCUCAGGGUUGAAUCUAGCUUGUUCGGAAACCUCAUAUGCUGAAGCUGAAUAGUAUGUUCUUAAUAUAGCUUCCCUAGCUAAUUGUUCCAUGUGGGCUGGAAGUGUAGCUGCUUGCUAUAUUCCAUCAUGGAGCGUAAGAGUAUUGAUGACUACUAGUCAUGAUGGCCUGUAGUGUCAGAGUCUGUAAGAACACUAGUUGCCUGGGGAAGAUGAGCAGGAAGCUUCUGUUGUACUCCCAUACUGCCUGUGAGCUUCCUGGUGUCAUCUGCUUAGCCAAUGUGUAAACAAAAUGCUGCACUGACUGGUCUGAUCCAGCAUUGUUCCCACACUUUCAAUCUUAAUAAAGUCUCAAAAUUCUGCAAUGCAAUGAUAAUUCUACAAUUUAGAAAAGAUGGAAGAAAUUAUUUAGCAGACCAGUAAAUAUCCAGGAAGUUGGGGUUAGACAUCACUGUAACAUAAGUACUUUACUCCCCACUCUCUCUCCUUCAUAAAUAUCCCAAGAUGUUAGAACCCUUUGAGCAGAAUAAUAGGGCAGAGAAAUUUAAUAGAAUUUAUCUUACGGAUGCCUUCACAUCAUGCAAUACAGUAUAACUUAAUAUCUUUUUUGGGGGGGCAGAGAAAACUGUGUAACAGGGCUAGGAAGAAUGAAUUGUCUUCUCUGAAGCAGUAUUAGAGAAGAUGUUUUCUAUUUUAUUUAAGUGGCAUGGGAUAUGUGAAUGCAACUUUAUACUCUUGAGUUUCCUAAAUGAUGUUGUAUAUGGCUCCUUGAGGUGUCCAUUUUUUUAUUGGCUGGCUAUUGAUCAGUUAAAGAACAUUUGGGAUUACUAUUUAACUUGGAUCUUCUUAAUCACAUUCCCUUUGUGUUAGAAAUCUUCAGCGCAUCUGGCAUACAUUAUAAGCAUAUGAUGCCCAAAUACUAUAACGGGUUCAGGCAUCUGCUAAUUGGGCAUCUGCAGGGGGUUUGAGGCUCACAGGUGCACCUUUCUUCCACCAUAGCAUUUCAUUUUUUAAAACAGAAUUUGACCUGAUAUUCACUUCUGGGUUGGGGGUGGAAAGCCCCCACGAGUGAACCAAAUGGGACGGGAAGGCUGAUAUAGGCUCAAAACAGACGGGCUAAAUAAAGCAGCUUCUGGCCACUUUGGGGGUGUGGCAUUCAGAUGACACAGGCGGCCAAAGUGUCCAGAAGCUGUGUGGAGAGCAUGCCGAGCCGGGACAAAAAGAAGCAGCAAAAAGUCACUCCUGCCAGCAUCCAGUUUGGGACCAUGCUGGCAGCCCACUUUUUGAGCAGGCCAUGCAGUCACUGCACUCCCCAUUUGACUUUGGUCGCUCCUUUGCGCCAGUCUGCUUUGCCCCAUAGACUUAAAUUAGAAAGGUUCUUGGGGAGAGGUGCAAGUCUCCAUUUUGGGGUGACACAACAUUUUUGUAGCAGUUAAGAAUAGCCUUGACAGGCUGCUCUAUAUCCUCCCCAUUGUAAAAUGUUGAAAUUACACAUCAGUGAUGUAACAGAAUAAUUAAUAAUACACUAUUUCCAUAGAACUGUCUGUACAGUGGCAGGUCAUUUGUGGAUUUUAUUUUCCAAAAAUAUUGACUUUGGCACUUUCAUUAUAGAAAGCUCUUUAUGUUACUCUGUUUUGAAAAGUGCAUUGUGACCAGCAAUGGAAGAAAGUUGGCAGUGAAUUGCCUUUAAAUUUAGGGCUAAUGCAGCAUUUUACUGUGAAUAUAAUGUUAUUUUUUAAUUGCUAGAAAAUCCUAAUUUUCGUAAAUGCUAUUUCAGUGCAACUUUCUUUUCUUGCUUUUUCCAUCCAGUUAACCUAGUAACACAUGGAAGGACCUCAAGACAAUUUAUUUAAACAAAACACCAAGCUGCUAUGCUGCCUGGUUACAGAUGUACUCUUUUGUAGUAAUACAUUGCAAAAGAUGAGCAGUUGCAAAUCCUUGAUGCUUCCUAUAUUUUUGAAUAAAGGUUUGUUUUAAAUAUG